UACAGCGUGUGAUGGUUGUCAGACCUGCAGUUUCAAGCAAAUCAAUUUGAGUGCAACUGUUCUCCGCUAUUUCGCUGAAUCAAGCAGAUGAGUAUCUUGUCAUGGCACCUCAACGGCAUUGCUGGUACGGCGCUAAUAUUUCUCUACGUCACGCAGUUAAGCACAGGUCUGAAGUGUAUAUGUCUGGUGUGUACCAAUCAUAUUUGUGAAACUGAGGGGGCCUGUUGGAACUCAGUGAUGCUGAGUAAUGGAAAGGAAGAAGUUUUGAAGUCUUGUGUAUCUCCUCAUCAAAUGAAAGGGCAAAUCUUCUGCUCCAGUUCCAGUAAUAUUUUAAGAAGAGAAUGCUGUUUUACUGAUUUCUGUAACAAUAUAACACUGCACCUACCCAAAGUGGGAAAUGUGUCUAGUACACCAAGCUGGGGACCUUUGAAGCUGGCUGUAGUCAUAGUUGUACCAGCUUGUUUACUGUGUUUGGCUGCUAUUGUGACAAUCUGCACUCUCCGUGGCCAGCAAUGCCCUUAUAAUAAGACUGAAAGACAUGACGUCGAGGAGCCUUUAUCUGAUCACAGCUUAAUGUCAUCUGGGAAGUCUAUAAAAGAUCUGAUAUUUGAUUUGACCACAUCAGGAUCUGGAUCUGGGUUACCUCUGCUUGUUCAGCGGACGAUUGCGAGAUCGAUUGUUCUCCAUGAAAUAAUUGGAAAAGGACGGUUUGGGGAGGUUUGGCGAGGGAGGUGGAGUGGAGAGGAUGUAGCUGUCAAAAUCUUCUCCUCUCGUGAUGAAAGGUCUUGGUUCAGAGAGGCUGAAAUUUACCAAACUAUAAUGCUACGACAUGAACAUAUCCUGGGGUUCAUUGCUGCCGAUAACAAAGAUAAUGGAACAUGGACCCAGCUUUGGCUUGUAUCUGAAUACCAUGAGCAUGGCUCAUUGUUUGAUUAUUUAAACUGCCACACUGUGUCUGUGGAUGGAGUAAUAAUAUUGGCGCUUUCCAUUGCUAGUGGUCUUGCGCAUCUUCAUAUGGAGAUAAUUGGUACCCAAGGAAAACCCGCUAUUGCACACCGAGACUUAAAGUCAAAAAAUAUCUUAGUGAAAAAGAAUGGAACUUGUGCUAUUGCUGAUUUAGGCCUUGCUGUCAAACAUGAUUCAGUUACAAACAUGAUUGAUAGACCUUCAAACCACAGAGUUGGAACAAAGAGGUACAUGGCUCCAGAAAUACUUGACGAUAAAAUCAAUAUGAACAACUUUGAAUCAUUUAAACGUGCCGACAUCUACUCCCUGGGGCUUGUGUUCUGGGAAUUGGUGCGAAGAUGCUCCAUCAGAGGAAUCCAUGACGAUUAUCAAUUGCCUUACUAUGAUAUGGUGCCUUCUGACCCUUCUAUAGAAGACAUGAGAAAGGUUGUCUGUGACCAGAAACUGAGACCAAACAUUCCCAACCAGUGGCAGAGCUGUGAAGCACUCCGUGUGAUGGGUAAAAUAAUGCGUGAGUGUUGGUACGCCAACGGAGCAGCUCGUCUGACAGGACUACGCAUCAAGAAGACCAUCUCUCAGCUUACCGUAACUAAGGAUUUGAAAGUUUAGACAUGCACUUGACUAUGUGUAUUCAACAUUUGUGCUACCUCAAGUAUAAGUGCCCAAAGCUGAACACUUUUAAAAACUGCCUUUGGCAACAUGGCAGUUCAAUUUGUAAUGUUACUGAGUAACUCACUGGCAAGCCUGAUGGCACGGGUAGGUUGUUCACAAAAAUCGAAACAGUGUCUAAUGGAGGAAUUAAAAAUCACCAUUUAUACUGAUUAAACAUAUUUUUGUAACGAUGUGGACAAACUUGUUAUUGUGACCAUUUAUAUUUUUAUCAUUAGUUUUUUGGAAGAACUGGAUUUCCUUAAGCAUCUCCCUUAAACAAAAAAGUUUCAAAUUCCAGUAGAAUUAGGCCUCAAGGACCAAUCUCAGACUGGUUUAAAACACCUUGCCAUCAUACUAAAUACUUUUAAAAUUUACAAAUAGUACUGUUUAUUUGCCUUUGUUAAACAUAGUAGGAUAUCUUUUUUUAUGUAAAAAUAUACAGGUCUACAGGGAUUAAAAAAAGAGUCAUCUGCACACUCCUGGCACACACACAUCAUGAUAAAUCUAGAACUCACAAAACAGUUUUGCAGUGUAAUUAGGGACAACAAAUUGCUGGCUAAGCCAUUUUCACCAUGUUGACCUAAAUCAAACAGUUUGCCUCCUAACUCACUAAAGUGUCAGAAAAAAACAUACCUUUUCCAUCAAUCGUUUUUCUCCAAUUAAUUAAUCUCACCUUUACAAAACACUAUCAAUAAUAAAGAACACUUUCAGUGACUCUCAUUUAUGUAGUCAAAGAGAAGACCAGGAAUCAAACCCAAUACUUAAGUUUUAACAUUAAUGGUUGUGCUCCUUGUUCUGUGUUACACAGAUCAAAACACUUCAACUGCACACUUUAAUCAAAUGAAAAUGAGAAGGCACAACACAUUCAGAACUCUAAGUAAUUUAGUUUAGUGUUUUUAACUUGUUAAUAUUGAAAUUGAUUAUAACUGGGGACGAUAGAAAGGUGUGUUUUUUUUAACCCCCCCAAAAUCAGCAUCCUAUGUCAAACGAUCAUUGCAGUACAUUUACAAACAUGUUUAUUGUAAUAUACUGUACACUCAUUUAUUUGUGCUUGUGACAGGGACUGCCCCAUCUUUAUGAACGUGGUUGGGACUGGC